AUGGCGCGAGGAGAAACAGCUUGUCCGCUCAAUGGGGUAGCGUUUGUGGCACGCUGUCCCCCGAAUGUGGUCUUCACAUGCAUUUCAUUACAUGAAAAUCUGAACCUGAUGAACUUACACACCUGCCAGUGUUGGGGAAAGGUCAUGAGCCGCAGCGCACAGAAUGAAGACCUUGUGCAGAACAGGAGCAAGAAGGCAGCUGCUCUCCGACUCAGCAGCAGGAGGAGGCUCAAAGGUCAGACACCGUUGCAACCAAAGCACCUCAUGAGCCAGGGGCAAGGCGGGGGGGCCCGCAGACCGGAGCCCCCGGCCCAGGCCAGGACUGCAAGGCCCUACCAGGAGGCGUAG